AUGGCAUAUAAAUCACAAAGCUUUGCUUUCAUAUUGAUAUAUGCAUGUUUGGCAGUGUUGGUUCCUACGGGGCUAGCUCAGUUGCAACAAACACCUGGAUCACCUCAAAUACCCGGAUUGUCACAAAUAUCUGGAUUGUUGCCACAAAUAACUAGAUUGUUCCCAAACCUUGGAGCUGGGGGACUUUCAGGGGCAAAUGGGCUUUGUUUGUCAUCUCUUGUAGACAUACCAGGGUGUCUUACUCAAGUUUUUGGUUCACUUGUCAAUGGCCAAUUCAGCAUUAUAGGUUCCUCUUGUUGCAAAGCCAUCUCAGAGAUUGAGGGAAAUUGCUUGUCUAAUUUUUUCCCCUCCAAUCCCAUCUUUGCUCCUUUGCUCAAUAACUCUUGUGGUCAACCAUCUAAAGGAAACAGACAGGUCUCCGGAAUCACUGCCAGUAAUGCCGCUUUACCAGGGAUUUUACCGGGGAAUCAAGACGUACAGGAAUGCUGGUCUUCUCUUUCGGGUGUACCAGGGUGUCUUACAGAUGUCAUGAAUUCACUCUUUAAUAGUAGAGUUAACUUCUUUGGCCCUACUUGUUGUAAAGCCAUCACUUUGAUCAACAUAGGCUAUGGCGACAACCUAGAUCGGAUCAGCCAAGUGUGA